AUGGUCACAGGUGUCCACCCUGAGGCCCAGGAGGAAGAUAUCCUAGACGCGUUCGAGGGUUUCGGACAGAUAACGAGCGUCCACCUUAAUAUGGAUCGCCGCAGCGGAUACGCCAAGGGAUACGCUUUGCUUGAGUUUGUGGAGGAAAAUGAUGCACGUACGGCUGUUGAAAAGAUGAACGGCCAGCAGCUCUUGGGAAAAGAAGUGACGGUAUCCUGGGUUUUCAAAGAGGCUCCGACAUCUGAGUGA